AUGGCCCCGAAGAGAGAACCCUCCCUAAAGAAGAGCCCUUCCCCUGGGACCCCGCCGCGGCUCGGCCCCCCGUUCCCCUGCCUCCCCGUGAGUCCCGAGCAUCCCAGAGCCGCUCCGGAGCAGAGGCCUAGGAUGCUGCGCCCGUCCGACUCCCCGUUCGACCCCAGCACCUUGGAGUCGGACUUCUCGGAAGAUCAAAUCAUUGAGUUCAAGGAGGCCUUCCUGCUGUUUGACCGGACGGGCGAUGGGAAGAUCAGCUACUGCCAGUGUGGGGAUGUCAUGCGGGCGCUGGGGCAGAACCCCGUCAACGCAGAGGUCCUCAAAGUCCUGGGGAACCCCAAGUCAGACGAGAUGAGCCUCAAGAUGCUGGACUUUGAGCAGUUCCUCCCCAUGCUCCAGGCCAUAGCUAAGAAUAAGGACCAGGGCUCCUUCGAGGACUUUGUGGAGGGCCUGCGUGUGUUCGAUAAGGAGGGCAACGGCACCGUAAUGGGAGCUGAGCUCCGUCACGUCCUCACAACGCUAGGAGAGAAGAUGACGGAGGACGAGGUGGAGACACUGCUGGCCGGCCAUGAGGACGCAAACGGCUGCAUCAAUUAUGAAGAACUGGUCAGGAUGGUGAUGAACGGGUGAACUGGUCAACACGGUCAUGAACGGCUGAAGAGAAUUCCUGUUUGUCACCCUCACGUUUUCUACCAUCAUAUAUAUAUUUUGUUGCAGUUGCCUUCCAUUUAAUGCUCACUAUUCUUUUUUAAGAAGUGCCUUACAUUCCCCUUGUUAAGACCCCAGAUUACCCUUUUAUCUAUUGCUGCCUCGCCCAUUCCUAUAUGUGACCAACAUGCAUGUAUUGGAAGAUAAUAUAUAUAUAUUGACA